AUGCGCGUGAAACUCGAGAUUCUCGCGCCGCUUCCUCCUCUCAAGGCAUGGUACAGCCCCAGUGCCCUCUCCACUGUCCGCGACCUCAAAAACUCCCUCUGCGCCGAGCUCCAGCCUCUCCAAGAUGCCGGCAUUCUUCCGGACGAACUCGUGCUUCUCCUCGACGACUUUGAGAUACUUGACUCUAGCCAGAUAGAUGUGGUCCGAGAUGGGGAUCUUAUAGUCAUCAAGAAGUCGUUUGCGAAUUCACAUCCCAAACGCAAAGCCGUAUCUCAAGCCGAUGGGCCUGCCCGUAAACGUACCAAGACCCAGGUCGAAACUCUGUCCCAUGCGACGCGAAGACCCGCACCCACCACUCAGAAGGCUUUACGCCCGCCGUCUCCUUCCACCAAAUCGUCUUCUUCGGACAGCUCCGACUCUGACUUGGAUUCCGACUCAGAAAGCUCCUCACAAUCGUCGGAUUCCGAGGACUCGUCUUCCAGCUCCUCAUCGUCCGAAGACUCUUCGUCUGAAAGUGACAGUUCGGAGUCGCUACGACCAACCACGCCUGCUUCCAAGAAGACGAAAGCGGCCGGCUCUGGGCAGCCGAAGGCCGCGACAUCAACCUGCGAACAACCGCAUGUCCCUCCGGGGUUCGGCAAGCCCUCCACACACAGCCGAAACAUCCGGCGGCGGCGCAAGAAGAUGGUCGAGCGCAUCGCGUCCACUGUGGAGCCCGCGAGUGUGAACGACAUCCCUCUCGGCCCACGUGCCCCGCCGGUAGCUGGUUCAUCGAGCUCUGCUACCCCCAUUGAAGCACAAGAGCUCUUCGUGCAAGGGUCGAGCAAAAAACAGACGAACGGCACCGAUGGACAGACGGCCGAGGCCCCGUUGUUCAUGAUGGCGUCCUUGCAAAACAAGAACAAGCGGCGGGGGUUCAAGGCGGCGCUGUCGAAGGGCGUGCCGGCCAAGAUCAACUUUUUGGAGGCCGAGGAAAUGGAAAUUCUGCAAAAUGCCACUAUGGAGUCGGACGCGAUGGUCGUCGAGGCAACACUCCAAGUUGUGAGCCCUCCGCCGUCAUCAAAAACGAAGUCGCAUGUCCCGAGGCUAGUCCCGCCGUCUGAGAAGCAGGAGCUUGGGCAGAUACCGUCGAAUAUGUUCGUUACCAGCGUCGACGUGGAGGAAGGGAUGUGGCCGUUGAGACGCAAGAACAAGAAAAAGAUGAAACCGAAGGCGCAAGAUGUGUGGGAAGAGGAGGAGGGUCCGUCGUUCGCUAACGGGCUACCAUACGACGACGAUGCAGCCAUGGUCAUUGAACAAGCAGUCGUGGCGCGCGAAGCGGCCAAAGUCUCUUCGGAUGCGCAAGCGUCGGAGUACGCGGCGGUCGCCACACACUGGGACUCACUCAGGAGGAUCAACGGCAAGGAGCAACUGGUCGCUGGCGUCACUGUCGCCUGGAGGGCCCUCGGGAUUAACCAAGUAACCCUCACUCCCGAGAUGCUCCUGCAUGUCGGCCACGUAGAAGAAUGCGCCGACAACGUGGUUGUUAAGAUGGUGAUGGAUGCGGGUGCAGGCGCGGUCUCGUUUGGUGCGGUCUCGGAGGUCGACGAGCCCGUGGAAGAGGUCUUCGAAUGGACAGACGUGCUUCAAGGGGAUUGGCGACUGGUCACGAUCGUCUGA